AUGAGCAGCCCCCGCCGCCGCCCCCGCUCUUCGGCGGCGCCGCCGCUGGAUGACGACGACCUGCUCGCCGAGAUCCUCCUCCGCCUCCCCCCGCAGCCCUCAUCCCUCCCUCGCGCCUCCGCCGUCUGCAAGUUCUGGCGCAGCCUCGCCUCCGACCCCGGCUUCUCCGGCCGCUUCCGCGCGCAGCACCGCCGAAACCCUCCCCUCCUCGGCUGGCUCGUCAAUAAUUUUUGCGAGGUUCGCUUCCAGCCUACCCCGGAGCACCCCAAUCGCGUCCCGGAAGCCCGCUUCUCCUUCCCAAUCAAGGCCAGCAGCCGCUUCUGGCCCCUCGGAUGCCGCCAUGGCCUCGUACUCGUCUCCCUCUCCUUGCAGAAAGCCUCGCAGAGGAAGCUCCUGGUGUGGGACCCCAUAACCGGCGACCAGCACCUCCUGGACAUUCCUCCAGGGUUCCACAUCGAGUCAAUCAGUGCGGCGGUACUUCGUGUUCCUGGAGAUAUCCAUUUCCAGGUGGUCUUGGUAGGCAACAGCGAUAUUCAAAGCACACAAGCGGUAGCCUCUGUUUACUCGUCAGUGACCGGUGUAUGGGACAAGCUCAUCUCAACACCGCUUCCAUCAGACGAUUCUGGUUUUCCGACCAUGGUUUACACGGGCAUGCCUGCUGUGAUGGUUGGGGGUUCCUUUUAUUGGUUGCUUUAUGGUUAUGGGAAUUCGCAACAAAUCCUUGAAUUUGAUUUGGAUAAGCGGAGCCUAGCUUUCAUACCCAUGCCAGUGAGUGACAUUGGAGACAUGAGAGAUGGCAAUAUUUGGGUUAUGCCGGCAGAGGGUGGUGGCCUUGGUUUACUCUUUCUGAGAGGCAUUUGUGCCCAAUUAUGGAAGAGGAAGACCGAUUGCAAGGGUGUUGCCUCAUGGGUGCUGGGAAAAACUGUUGAAUUGGACAAGCUACUUUCCCUGAAUUCAGAGAAGAAGAGAGAGCGCCCAAGGAUACUCGGGUUUGCUGAGGACAAUAAUGUGGUGUUAUUGUGGACAUCUGUCGGCGUCUUCACGGUCCAGUUUGAAUCAUUGCAGAUCAAGAAAGUUUUCGAAUCCAGCACCUGGUAUCUCUAUUUUCCAUUCGAAGGUGUCUAUACUGCAGACGGGUGCAUUGGUGGUGGACCCUCUGGAGCUAAACUUUUGUACAAUACAUAAUCUGAUUUGUCUCAAUAGACAUGCUAACGUGAUGAAAUGCUUGAGCAGGUAACAAGAGUUAAGUUUCGUUGUCAGAGAGGAAGAAAAUGGAUUAGUUGAUGUAUGUUUUUCUACGCUGUGCAUGUGGCUUGUGAUGUGCUCCACAAGGGAAUUGACCUUCUAUGUAUCAUGCCCUGGUCAACUGUGAUGGUGUGCACUUGUAGGGAUUAACAUGUUCUGGCCAAUUGUAACUUGGUAUUAAUAAUCUCUUAAGCUGUGAACUUACGUCUAUUAUGUGA